ACUUGAUGAACUCAUUGAUCACCAAAAUUACCCGACUAACUUCGACAUACUGUAUUAAAAAAGCAAAACAAAACGAAAAGCCAUAUUAGAUCGGAUGAACAAGAACAAGACCAAGUCUCGGGAAUAACAACAACAACAACCACCUAUCAGAUAAAAAAGUAACAUUAUUAUUUUUAUUUUUAUUGUCAUUUUUUGUAUUUUGAAAAUUUGAGCGUCUGGUCUGAGCAACGACAUCACUACUACUAAUAAGUAAUAAGAUAAUGGCGGACCAAACCUCCGAUUCAACAUCUCCACCGGCUCCUCUCUCCGUAUCUUCUCCUACUGCUCCUAAGAAAGAUAAUACCAGUCCUGUUGAUUCAAAGCUCACGGAACUAAACGAAUCGAGGGCUGAGUUGCUUAACAGGAUCCAGAAUCUGAAACAGGACUUACAGAGUUGGAGAGGUAAAUUGGACACUCAAGUUAAAGUCUACCGUGAGGAGCUCUCUGGGCUAAAGAAGACUCUGAAUCUUGAAGUUGAGCAGCUCCGUGAGGAAUUCAAAGAUCUGAAAACCACCUUAAAUCAGCAACAAGAUGAUGUUUCUGCUAGCCUGAAAAACUUAGGCCUACAAGAUAACCCCAAAGAUUCAAAAGAGCAAAUGGAUAAGAGCAGUGAGGUAAUAGAAGAGAAACUCGAAGCUCCAUCGACUGAUGACAAUGCGAAAGAAUCAGAGCAUUAGAUGUUUGUUCUUAUGAUCUUGUCACUAUUACUACUACUACUACUAUUAAUUACCACUACAUUGAGAUUGUACUGGUACGCUUAAAACGUGUAGUUCUGCGGUUUAGUUGAUUCUAAUGAUGCACCAUGACUCAAUGGUUUGCAGC